AUCAUUCUCAACCUUUCUCCUCUUCUUCUUCCAACAUCGUUUAAUCACCAUUCUUACCUAUCUUCGAUCUUCAUCAUCAAUCAUUGUUCUCACCCAUUUCUAAUCUUCAUCAACGAUUACCAUGCUCCUCUUACUUUGAUCUUCAUCACCAAACGACAUUUCCCCAAUACUACUUUGCUCGUCAACAUUCUUCUGCUAGAAGGAAACUAAAGCUUUGGUGAUGCUUUGACGAAUGGCACAAAUCUAAGAAGUGUGUCCUCCUCCUUUAAUGCAGAUCCUCAUAUCGACAUCAUUGAAGCAGUGGUAACCAAAGAGAAGGAUUUGUUUUAGAUCUAGUUUUCUAAAAUCAAAAAAGCUAGGAAAGCCCCUUAAAGCUACUUCCAAAAAGAUUAAAGCAAAAAAAAAAAAAAAGGUUGUGAAGAAGAGAACUAAACUUAUUAAAGAUGGAUUUUUCAAAUUUUCUUCACUCAAAUAUGCAGUUUCCCAAACAAAUGAGUAAGGGCAAGGUUCAUCUUCAAAAAGAUCGAUAAAAGAGAGAGGGAUCGGCCUUAUGGUAAUUAAAAGUUUUAUUAUCUCUGCUGGUUUGUAGUCUGCUUGAAUAAUUAUGCAUUUGAUUAUAAAAAUCUUUAGGGGAUUGGGUUAGAUUGAAAUUAGUUCAACAUGUAAUUGCUUUAUGGCAUUAAAGUUAAAUUGGACAUAUUUUAAGCCUCAUCUGGUGGAUAGGGUUGUUAUUGAGAUUUUGAGGUUUGAGGCUUCUUGUAAUUAAUUUAUGCGUACGACUUAUGGGUGAGCAGUGUUGGUGGCAGAGAAGUACUGAGUAACUACUUCUGCUAACGAGGGAAAAGAAUCUUGUGAAUAGUAUCCAUUUGUUUUUUUCAUUUUGUACUUAAUAGAUAAAAGGGGAGAGAUAUGGAAUAAUCUUAAUGGGUUGCUGGUCAAUCGUCAAGACAUAAUGGAUAGCCUCAAGUUUUAUUCUUUAUUCAAUUUUUGUAUUAGCCUUAUUGUAAUAACUUGUUUCUUAUUAGUUAUAUCUUACAUAUGAUAGUUGUUCCAGAAUCAGGGCUUUUGAUCAAGGGUGCUGCGUGUUUAAAUGAUAAUGAGAUGGCUUAUGAUAAGUCUUCUAGAGUUGAGCCUCUGCGUUCUCAUCAAUGGUUUAUGGAUAGUCCUGAGACAGAGCUCUUUCCAAACAAGAAGCAGGCAGUUAAUGCUGUUUCAACCUCUAAAUUAUUUUCAGGAAUGUUGAAUUCAAAUGUUUCUCUGUGGGGGAAUACUUCUGGUUUUCACUUGAUUUCUGGUCAUUUCAGUGAACGGUUAUUUGAUCCUGAAACUGCUAGAACAAUGAAUUUUGAUGAUCAGGGCAUUCCAUCAGUUAGCUUAGAGAAAGUUGAUAUGGGGAGAAAAGCUAAUGAAGAUAUGCUUGGAAAUGAUUCUUCUUUUGGUUUAUCUAUGUGUCAAACUUUAGAAGACCCUAGAUCUGGACUAAGUUACGGAGGCAUUAGAAAAGUAAAAGUCAGCCAGGUGGAAGACAGUUCCAUAUCCAUGGGUCUUGGCUAUAACAAAGGAAAUGAGAAUAUCUUGUCUAUUGGGGAUACCUAUGACAAGGAUAUUAAUGUCUUCAUAUCAAUGGGACAGUCAUAUAACAGGGGGAAGAGGGCACUACAAGCAAAUGAAAACGCAAUAUCAAUGUGUCACGCCUUAAGUAAGGUAAAUGAUAGUACCAUAUCUAUGGGUCAUACCCAUGAUAAGAGUGAGAACCAUACUUUGUCAAUUGGACAGUCUUUUACCAAGGGAGAGGGUCCCAUAAUCUCCUUUGGUGGCUAUGAUGAUGAUGAUGAUACAAAUCCAUCUGGAAGCCUCAUAUUCAAUUAUGAUCUGUUGGUGAGUCAGACCUCUAUCCAAAGAUCAGAAGCACUUGAUGAAAAAGAUGUUAAAUUGAAUGCUGAAGCACUUGUCUCCAGUGGUGUUGUAAGUGCUUCUGGGGCCGAAGUUUCUAGCAAGAAAGAUGAUCCAAAGACAUCUAAAAAGGUUCAAUCAAACAACUACCCUUCAAAUGUUAGAAGUUUGCUAUCAACAGGUAUGCUGGAUGGUGUUCCGGUAAAAUAUACUGCCUGGUUGUGAGAGGUAAAUGUCAGUUCAUCUGUUCAUCAUUUAGUUGACCUUACUGCGCAGUGACUUUUCUGCUUCUUCUUAUGCAUUUUAGAAGGAGCUUCGUAGCGUCAUAAAAGGUUCUGGAUAUC